UUCGCGCCCGUGUGAACUGGCGUUGCGAUAUCGGAAGAACAGUCGACGUACCUGAAGCUGGCUGCUCCGAUGACGAAGACCCGGUCAGGAAUACUUCGGAUGCGGCGAAUAGCUUCGGCAUAGGCCAAACACUUUCACUUCUGAAUUCGGGCAAAUCGACAUCAAACGACAGCGUUACUUCAUCGGAAGAAACACGGAAGGCGCAAGAUGUCAUGACAGAGCAAAGAGCUUCAAAGAAGAAGCGCGUGGAUGGAGAGAAAACGAAAUACCCGGUCCUCACCUACGUCGAAGGUCGAUUGCAAUCAUCCAUUCGAAUUGCGGACCUUCAGAGUCUGCUACUCUACUGCUUCGCUGAUGGCAUCGCACCACAAUGGAUCUCAGUCAAGCACUCCGGUCACGUCAGGAAGAUUGUCGUAUUAAUGGUGCCUGGUCUGGAACUUGGCAUGUUUGAUGGGUCAGUGCCUCUGGAUGUGGAUGCUGUAAGUGAUGAGAAGGCGGCCAUCGGUGAAAAGGAGCAGGGCAAAACAGCGGAUGGGGAGGCGAUGGAGGAGGACCCCAAAGCGGCCGACUUUGCUCGCUGGAAGCAAGGCCUGCCGCUUGAGGAUCGAUCGCAUCGAUUCAACCCCCGUCCCCUUUCCCAUGGGGACCUUCCAGCACCCCUGCGGCCUCUAGCGGACAUCUUCCCUCACGCCUGGCCCGUGAGAGCCCCCGGUGAUUCCAAGUACAACAAGAUUCACUCGCCGCUCCAAGCGAUUCUACUCUCUGCGCUGCCCAAAACCAAGGACAGCAACACAAAAGGAGCGAAACCGCCGAGGGUGGACAAGAGUCUUGUCUUCCAGCGCACUCCGAUCACUACUUUCAUCAGUUCCGUCGAGGAUCUUCGGGAAAACGACUACGUCCUUCAUCCGGCUCUGCUCACUUCAGAACAAGAGAAGUCGGCUCUGAUGGAGAGCCGCAAGCGGGCUGGCCAGUCCACGGAAGACGGAUGGGUCGAUACCCAUGUUGAGAGUCUGGAAGCCGGGCAAAUCCCGGACUCGGAAAUCCAACAAGGAAGCAUGACCGCAGGCCGGGAUGUGUUGGCGUUGGAUUGCGAGAUGUGCGUGACAGAAGGGGGUCAAUCCGAGCUCACGCGCAUCAGCAUGGUUCGUUGGGACGGGGAAGUCGUACUAGAUGAGCUGGUGAAACCCCAGCGGCCCAUCAUCGAUUAUCUGACUCGAUUUUCUGGUAUCACGAAAGAGUUACUAGAUUCCGUCACCACCACACUCUCCGACAUCCAACAGAAGCUCCUCUCCAUUCUAUCUCCCCGUACGAUCCUCGUCGGUCACUCCCUCAAUUCCGACCUGAAUGCCUUGAAACUUACGCACCCGUUCAUUGUCGACACCACCUUCAUCUACCCCCACCCCCGCGGCCCUCCGCUCAAAUGCAGUUUGAGAUGGCUUACCCAGAAGUACAUGGGCAAGGAGAUCCAGAAAGGUCAAACCGGCCAUGACUCGAUCGAAGAUGCUCGCGCUGUGCUCGAACUUGUGAAGCAGAAAUGCGAAAAGGGCGAGCGAUGGGGCACCAGCGAGGCCUCCAACGAGAGCAUCUUCAAGCGUCUCGCACGUUCCGUGCGUUCAGGCAAGUCAUCGACCAGUGAAGGCCGCACGGGCGCCGUUGUCGACUGGGGUAACCCUGAGCGCGGCUUCGGGUCGCAGGCAACUGUGGCGAUCGGGUGCAGCGACGACAACGAUGUUGUCAAAGGCAUCUCCUCGGUAGUCAACGGCGACGCCAGCAACCCUUCCAUCCCCGGCAGUGGGGUGGACUUCACCUGGGGACGGUUACGUGAACUGGAGGCGUAUCGCGGAUGGUGCAACCGGCUGCCGGAUCCCAACAACGCCAACGAGUCGACGACGCUCGUCCCCCCACCCGAAGAAACCACACCGACCUCCGCCGCGGUGCCGACCUCCAAAGAAGCCACUCGGAACCUGUCCGACUCCGUGUCCCGCAGUGUCUCCAGCAUCCACCAAAUCUACCAAUCCCUGCCUCCCUGCACGCUCUUCGUCGUCUACUCCGGCACCGGCGACCCCCGCCAAGUCAGCCGCCUCCAAGCAAUGCACAAGACCUUCCGCGAGGAAUUCAACUCCCGCAAGCCGUGGGAUGAACUGACCGUCAAGUGGACCGACACCGAGGAGCAGGCGCUCAAGAAGGCCUGUGAGCGCGCCAGAGAAGGCUGCGGGUUCAUGUGUGUGAAACCGGGGUCAAGGUACAGUGCAUGGUGGUUUCGAGCUGGGGCGCUGUUUAGAAAUGCCUUUCGAGGGCUCUUUCGAAAGUUCCCCAUGCUUUGAUGGAUUGCGCUCGUCCUUGUUUAUGGCCUCAUCACCGAUAUAUUUUUAUCCCUACCUUGUAUUAUUUACCUACCCGAUACAUCUGACGGGUACGACGAUUUUGGAAUGAAAAAACUUGUGUUGGAUUGGAUUGGAUUGAUUGGGUUGGGAUGGAUAGGACCAGACCAACUUGGGGAUAUCUUCUGGCAAAACAAAACUAGACUAGCACUUUUUGAGCCCAGUGAAA